CUACAAUCAACUAACCAAUCUAACGAAACCUGACCCUACAACACCCAAUACCCAACACCACAAUGACAAGCCCAAGCCCAUUCACACCAACGACACCACCAAGAAUCAAAAACACAAAGGGCCUCCACCUCCUAACAACCAGCACCCCCAACGGCAAAAAAGUCCAAAUCCUCCUCGAAGAACUCUCCGCAAAAUACGGCUUACAAUGGACCACAACCCUAAUCGACCUCGACACGGACGAGCAGAAGCAGCCGUGGUUUCUGGCGCUGAAUCCUAACGGCAAAAUCCCCCUCCUCAUCGACACCAACAACAACAACAACAACAACAACAACAACUCCUCCAUCCCAAUAACGGUAAUGGAAUCCUCCGCUAUACUCCUCUACCUUGUCGAAACAUACGACCCAGAUCAGCACUUCCACUUUUCUUCAGCGGUGCUCAAAUCUCAACUUAUCCAGUGGUUAUUCUUCUGGUCUGCGUCGGGGCAGCCGCAGCAGGCGGGGUUGAAUUAUUUUAAGAGGUUCGCGGGGGUGGUGGAUUCUUAUGCCAUUGAGAAAUUCAAAGCCGAGACGCUUCGGAUUUACAACGUGCUGGAACUACAUCUAUCUAAUAGCUUGGCUGGUUGUGAUGGUGGUGGUGGUGAAGCGAGGGAGUACUUGGUGGGCGAGGGACGAGGGAAGUAUAGUAUUGCUGAUAUCAAUGCGUAUGCGUGGAUAAGGGCGUGGAAGAGGAUGACGAUUACGGAGGAGGAAAUGGGUAGGUUUCCGCUGCUGAGGAGGUGGAUUGAGAGGAUUGAGGAGAGGCCGGCGGUGGAGAGGGGGGUGGGGGAGGGGUAUGAUGAGGAGGUUCAUCCUGAGUUGUUGCUUAGUAGUACUGGAAGGGAUUGA